UGGUGAACUUGUCCUUUAAUUAUAAGGAUUUUACUUUCUCACUCAUUCCUUGAUAAAUACACAAAAUAUUGUGUACUGUUUUGUAUUGGACUGAUCAUAUACAGUAUGUCUGACCUUAUUAAGCAGAUCAGGCAUCUGCAAUGACAGGAUCCACAAUAAAUGCAUUUCUUUGUCAAUGUCAUAAAGUCACCUGUUACUUUCAUUCAGUUAAGGCAGGCCCCUGACUUAGUUUAUAGCACCACAGGAAACCUCAUAUUACCUUACAAACAAUGAUUCCAUGCAGUGACCUCCAUGCAGUAAGGUAUACAGAUUUUAAAUUGGGAAAUUGGGAGCACUGGUAUUGGGUUGGCAGGUAGGCUAUCUGAUGAAACCCUGACUUGGCACACCCUGAGUUUAUGCAUCAGAAUUGGUAUCAGGAGAGGAAAAAGUCAUAUCAGUGUAUCCCUACUAUUGUAAAAUGUUAUUCUAAAGUAAAGUAAAACAAAGUGUCAUUUCGCAGUAUAUGUGUGUUUUGAAAUGGAGAUAAGCAAAAGGCUAAUGGAAAAGCUCAAGUCACAUAUUUGGCCCAUAUGGCCCGUCAUACUGACCUGAGGUGUAAUCAACUACUCAAGAAUUUAGGUGAACUGCUUUCUGGUGUGAAUGAACACUUGGGUUUUUUCACAGAUUAUGUCUGGCCUUGGAUGUUUGACUGUGUUAUUUAUGGAUUUAUGAUUCCGACAGAAAAUAAGACAAAGCUUUUGAUCCCUGUUAUUAUUCAUCAUGUUUAUGUAGCAUGUAGUAUACAGAAAACUGCUGAUGAGUAACACAGCAGAUAACACACACAUAGAUUGCUGUGACAACCUCCCUCUGGACUGUAAACUUUGACCGCAAUUAGAAUAAGGUGUGUGUGUGUUUUUCUCAGCAACUCAGUUAAGCUAGAGUUCCAGGCAAAGUGUGCUGUGUGGAGUCAACCUGAUAUAUUCAAGAUGAUUCUGUCAUUUCUUGUGUUCUGUGUGCUUCUGUCUGCCACCAGCUGCUCAGCUCACAAAGGUGUGCAGACUGGCAUACGAGUAGCAGCAGGAUCUCAUUCAGUGACUCUUCAGCCCUGGUUGGUGGGUCUGACAGCAGUAGUUGGUUUCCUCUUCGUUGUCUUCACCAUCUUGAUUGUUUACAGACUGCUCAGGAAAAACAGGGAGGAUGAAGAGGGAUUUAGUUAUGACAAGGCUCUAGAGUUGGAUGGAGGUGAUAUGAAACAAACCAGUCUGUAGAAACCCAACUGAAGAGCACCACUCUGCCAUUAAAUCAAUCACCUGUCAAUUUCUUAUAGGGCUGUCAUGAAAUUCAUGCUUUAAAUUCACUGUAAAUUCAAUGACGAUUUGGAUAUGUGGCUUUUGUUAUGAAAGGAUUGUCAUAUUCAGUUCAGUGAGUGCCAUUUACAAUGUCUGGUGUGUUCAUUGCAUUAAAUACGAAGUGGCCUGAACUGUGUUAUUUGCUCAUCUGUCUUUUUUCUGUUGAUCUUUGUUUUGUUAUAUUCUUUGAGAGAUUG